AACCACCAACCCUAGUCACACCGGCCAACUGAUUGACGACGUUCAAUACCAUGCCCAUCAUCCUCGCGCGACAAAUACACAUAUCCAAAGCCAUCAUAUCAACUUCUAUAAGGACUAAAUCCCACUGGUCCCAUACGCGGAAUUUUAGUUCGAGUCGUCCGCGGACGUUGGAGGAAGUAAGAGACGGAAGUAACGUGACGAGAACAUUCGAUAAGAUGAGUCGACCGACGAGACCGCGACGAUUUGCGCCGCUUGAUCCUGCGAAGAGGAGGGAAGGGGACGAGAGGCCUACGUUGAAGGGAAUUGUAUUUGAUGUCGAUGGUACACUGUGCCUCCCCCAAACCUACAUGUUCGGAGAAAUGCGCUCCGCCCUCGGCAUCACCAAGAGCGUCGACAUCCUUGACCACAUCUACGCCCUGCCCACCGCCUCUGAGCAAGAAGCUGCACAGGAGAAGAUCCGCGCCAUCGAGCGCAAAGCCAUGGCAUCUCAGGAGCCGCAGUCCGGCCUCGUGGAGUUGAUGGAGUAUCUUGACUCGAGGCAGAUACAGAAGGGCAUUUGCACCAGGAAUUUUGAUGCGCCGGUGGAGCAUCUCCUCACGACGUUUCUACCAAAGAGCCUUUUCGCUCCAAUUAUUACGAGAGAGUUUAGGCCUCCGAAACCUGAUCCUGCCGGUAUACUGCAUAUUGCGAAGACAUGGAUGCAUGAAGACGGCGGGAAUUCUCUCAUCAUGGUCGGUGACUCUAUUGAUGAUAUGACGGCUGGAUUCCGUGCCGGUGCUGCAACGGUGCUGCUUGUCAAUGACGUCAAUAGGCAUCUUGUUGAUCAUGAGCAUACGGACCUCAUUGUGGAACGUUUGGACGAUCUGAUAAAGAUUUUGGAGGAUGGGUUUGAGGGACGGGCGUAAUGAUGCACGAACCCACGGAAUGGUUGGAAGGUACAUUCGAGGAAGUGCCAGCAGACCUACCUCUCCUGCUGUGUAUACACUGAGGCUUUGCACAAAGAGAGCUUGUAAUUAUCUAUGGGGUUUCGAGGUGGAAAUAGACUAUCCGGCUACAUUUUCAGCGACCUUCGCC